AUGUCUGACGACUCCAAGAGGAAGAGGGGAAACUCUCACAGAGAGCUCCUGGAUACCUUCGAAAAGGCAACGACAACGUUCAAACUUUGUCCAAACCGCAUAUGGGUCGUUGCCAGGGAGAAAUUACCGCAAUUAUUACCACAAGACAGCUCGAUACUAGCCGACGGUAACUCGAUCUCCAACGAUGAAGAGCAUCAUCAUGACUUGUGCACAUUUGAUUUCUGCGAACAUUCGCAACGCGAUUUUACCGCCGUUGAGCAGCGCCACGAGUGCGAAGAAGAAGAGAAGAAUGACUGUGUGCAGCUCAGAGGCCUGUUUUCAAGAGAUAUACUGAACGCAGCUGCGGAGGCUGGAAGCUCGACCGUGUGGAGUUUGGAUGGGACAUCAAUAGUCGAAACCCCUCGGCCAUAUAUGGCAAUCUCCCACGUCUGGUCAGAUGGGACUGGAACGGGGGGCUGGGCAGAGGGAGAAGUCAACAUAUGCCUAUACAAUCUUUUUCAAGAGAUCGCCAGACAAUUCCAAUGUGAGGGAAUCUGGUGGGAUACUAUCUGUAUCCCUAGAGAAAAGUCCGCUCGUAACAAGGCUAUCCGGAAAAUUCAGAAUAAUUACCAGGACGCUCGAAUCACCUUGGUGCAUGACUGCUUCCUCCGAAACUGGGAGUGGGUUAAUGCUGAAGGUGCCUGUUUUGCUAUUCUCAUGUCGCCCUGGUUCAGUCGAGGCUGGACAGCUUUGGAAUUGGCCAAUUCGCGCAAAGUGAAAGUGGUGUUUAAAGGACCGUGCGGUCCUCUUAUUAAGGACCUCGAUGAACAAAUUCUCGCAAGGGACGACACGUGUUCCGGUCCUCAUAAAGCGGCGACUGAUAUAAUCAGGACUCUCCGAAAGGGCGUCUCGGAUCUCAAUGGCCUUUUGAGGGUAUUGGGAGCGCGCCAUACCUCUUGGCCCAAGGAUAUAGCUAUCAUUUCCGGACAAUUAGUCGGCGUUGAAAUAGCAUCUCAGUCUGGGAAGCAGGAUAUAUGGCAACAAGAUAUCUAUAUAAGUAUUCUCAGGAAAUUAGGCAAGGUUUCACCGCAACAUCUUUUCCAUAAUUCUGCAACCAUGUCCAGAGUCAGCUGGUGUCCAAACAGUCUGUUUGAUAUGCCCAUUUUUGAUUCAAGCGUUAUGGCUGAGUCCGAGGAAACUCUCAGCAUCACGGAAGAUCUGGAUCUCGUCGGGAAGUGGAAAUGUAUCCCUGUGAACCGCUCUCAUAUGGAGAAGUGUGUUUGGAACGGUAUACAUCCUCUUAUAAGAAAGCGGCUUGAGCAUCACCUGGAGGAUGAGGAUGAAUGUGUCCUCCUAACCGAGUAUGUCUCUACGUCUGAAAUUGGCCUUGUUGAUAGAGCUCUACUGGUGAAGAAACUGGGCAAAGGCUCUUAUGGUUAUGUAGGAGCAUUGUAUUUCCACCCAGGUCUGACAGAGACUGAAGGUCGGAUCGAGGAAGUAAGAUUAUUAGCUGAUAUACGGGGGAGAGAAAGUAAUCCCGACUCUAAUGCCCGGGUAACGAAGAGCCGGAAAUACAGCGACUGGGGAAUCCCUGCCCUACCUUCAGCAGCCUUGAAUGGAGACGAAAAUCGUGUCGAGAACUUAGUACAGACGGCAAGCCCUAGCCUUCAUGAACUUGCUUCAAAAAGGAUAGCAUUGAACUAUGCGAUCUGGAGAGGGCACCAUGACGUAUUCCACGAGCUUGCCAAGAGCCUCGUUGAAAAAGCAGAAGAUCUUGAUGUGCAAGAUAAGCUUGGACAGCGGCCGCUGCACCUUGCGGCAGAACGAGGCGACGAGAUCGCAGUUUCAUAUUUACUUCACAAUGGCGCUCGUGUCGAGGCGAAGGCAGAGGAUGGGGAGGAGCAGACUGCGCUACAUCGUGCAGCCUGGGGAGGCUCGACACCGGUUGUGCAGUUGUUGCUAAAUGCGGGAAGUCAUGUAAACACUAAGGACAAAUUUGAGAACAUUGCCCUACACACAGCAGCUGAAAAGGGAUUUGAGUCUGUGGCUACACUACUGAUUGAGAAUGGCGCGGACGUAGAUGCCAAGGGUUGGAAUCACUUGACGCCGCUACAUUACGCAGUCAUAAAUAGGCACGAGGCGGUAGUCAAGCUACUGCUAGACAGUGGCGCAAAUGUCGAGGCCAAGGAUAAAAAGUUUGGUUGGACGGCGUUGCACUUGGCAGCAUUGACUGAGCACGAGGCGGUAGUCAGGCUACUGCUAGAUAAUGGCGCUGACAUUGAGGCCAGGGACAACGAGUUCGGCUGGACGGCACUGCAUUUAGCGGCAGUGAACGGACACAAGGCCGUAGUUGAGCUGCUAGCCAUGAGGAACGUCAAGAUCAAUUUGGAGGAUGAAAAGGACCGGGCAAUGCUGCAGAUAGCGAUAGUGAACGGGUAUGAGGAGGUAGUCAAGCUGCUCGCCAACAAAGACGUCAAGGACAAUUUGAAGGAUGAGAAGCGACGUUGGACUGCCCUACACUGUGCGGUAAUGAGUGGACCAUCGGCAGUAUUCAAGCCACUAGUUGACAAGGUCGAUGUGAAUUUCAAAGAUAAUGGUCAAACCGCGCUGCAAUUAGCGGCAGAGAAUGGAUACAAGGCAGUAGUCAAGAAGCUGCUGGUCAAUAUGCGUUAUGAGGCUAACGCGAAGGAUGACGAUGGUCGGACGGCGCUGCGCUUGGCAGCAGAAAAUGGGCAUGUGGCGGUAGUCAAGCUAUUAGUCGAUAAGGGAGUUGAUGCUGACUCGGAACACAACGGUAAAACACCACUGCACUUGGCUGUAGCGAACGGGCACCAGGCAGUGGUCAAGCUGCUUGUCGAGAACGGCGUCGACAUUAAUUCCACGAGGUGGCUUGACAGCGCACACAGCCACUACGGUCAGACGGCGCUGCACUGGGCGGCUGAGGGCGGGUAUGUGGCGAUGGUCAAGCUGCUUGUCGAGAACGGGGCUGAUAUUAACACGAAGCUAUCAGCCCAAAAUCAAACACCACUGCAUUUGGCGGCAGUGAAUGGGUAUGUAGCGGUUACCAAGCUGUUGGUCGAGAACGGUGCCGAUAUCGAGGCGAAGCGAGCGGACUACAGUCAAACACCACUGCACUUGGCAGUAGCGAAGGGGCAUGUAGCGGUUAUCAAGCAGUUGAUCAAAUACGGCGCCAACGUCAACGUGGAGCAGGAGUACGGUCAGACGGCGCUGCAUUCAGCGGCGGCGAACGGGGAUGUGGCGAUUAUCGAGCUGUUGGCCAAGGCUGGUGCUGAUAUCGACUCGACGUCGAAUGACUGUAAGGGGUACCACGGCGAGUACGGUGAUGGCUACCAGCCUUUUUACGGCAACUACAGGGGUCAGACGGCGCUGCAUUUGGCAGUAGCGAACGGGCACGAGGCAGUGGUCAAGCUGCUUGUCGAGAACGGCGCCGACAUCAACUCAAUGGAAUGGGGUUGCAAUAGAAACAGCCACCACGGUCAGGCGGCGCUGCACUGGGCGGCAAAGGGCGGGCAUUUGGUGAUGGUCAAGCUCCUGGUCGAGAACGGGGCCGAGAUCGACCUGGAAAAUAGCUAUAGGGGCAUUGAGGACGGCGACGGCGGCGAUAAAGACUACGGUGGUCGGACGGCGCUGCACAUGGCGGCAGCGAACGGGCAUGGUGCGGUGGUCAGCCUGCUGCUCAAGUACGGCGCCAACACUCGCUUGGAGGAAAGCUAUAGGGGCCGUGUCGAUUACGACAGCGAUAGUUACAUUGAUGGGUACGGCGAGGCCUGUGAUGACUACGGUCACGACAACAAUGAAUACUAUAGCGGAAGGACAGCGCUGCAAUUGGCAGUAGCGAACGGGCACGAGUCGGUGGCCGACCUACUGGCAUCUCACAGGACUACUUGA